UUUACCAGUUUACCAGUGUCGUUUGUAGAGACUUUGUUAUAUUACACGUUACGUUUAUAAAUUCAUAAUCUAAUCAACUCUAUUUCCUGUUAAUUUUUUAACUUAUUUUUUUGUUUACAUAACUCUAUAAAUAUUUAUUUAUUUAAUUUGUGCAUAAUCAACAUACUCUAGUGUCAUAAUAAUUCAUUUAUUUAAACUUAAUUAGUUUCAAAUAAAUUUCUUCAUGGAACAUUUUUUUUUAUCAGCUACAAACUUAUUUGUGAUUUAAAUUAAUUAAUCAUUGAAGUAAAUAGUGACACAAUUCAUUUUAUUUGUUGAGUUUGCUGCUGUAAAUUCAUCGUAAUUAAAUUUAUUUUAAUUAAUUGAUAAUAUGAUGUAUGUGGAAAGAGCUUAGAGGUCCAGAAACGAUGGUACUUAGAUAGACUGGGGCAGAGAGCGGGACAGCUGCGCGCUGUUUAAGCAGAGCAAAAAAUAAGAAAAAAAUAAUAACAACAAUAAAUGAAACAGACAAUGAACGCGUCAUUGUUGUUGCUUACGCUGUCGUCGUCCUCGUCGUGGAGUGACUGGCGAGUAUGCCAGUUACUCGCUACUGCAACUCCGUAUCGGCUUAGAGAGCGUACUGCUGCUCAAAAUCGAGACUAAUUGAUAAAGUAAAUUAAAGAAUGGCUGCAACAGCCAAGCAUGAAUUGAGACAAAAGUUUCCGGGCGAGUCCUCGGGUGAAGAAGACAUUGCAGCAAUCGCUAAACAGAUAAGUGAUCACGCAGAGGCGAUUUAUCAGUCGUGGAAGAGUCGUGGACUAGCGCCCGCAGAAAUAUUUAAUUGUCAUAAUAACGCAACUGCCGCAGACGAGUUUGAUAGUGCGUUGACACCUACAUUGUCACCAAAUUCACGAGGAAUUCAACUGGAGAAUAUUCUUAAAGUAGGUAGUGCCGGACAAUCAUACAGUCCGCCACCACCUAGAUUGGAUAAUAAUAACACUCUGGAGAAACUGGUUAAUAAUUUUGUCGUCGAGGACAAGGCACGGCAACAACGUACAUCAUCCUAUAUAACUAAAAAUCUACCGUCUUCCAUACAAUCUGCUCUGGAAAGAUUUGAACGUAGUUCUGCUGCUAACGUAACAAAUAUUCGGCAUCAACAGCAACAGCAACAGACAAGACCAAAAAUAGCUACCAAGUCGUCUUUGUCGUCGCCGUUGGCAUCACCAUCGUCGCUUGGCGAGACUAUCGAAACUAUACUGCCGGCAGACUUGCCUGGAAAUGGUACAACAAGCCAGCCAAAACGUCCGCUAAGUGUUUUACUAAAUACAACAACGCCCACUAAUACAACCGCCGGAGAAUUGUCUAGGCCGAAUCAAAGUUCAGGUUUGACGACCUGGCCUCUUAAAAAUAAAUUGUUUACCGACUCUUCCGUAGUGGCUCGGGUCAAUGCCUCCAAAGCUAACGUAGCUUCCUCGUAUCUUGAUGAAGUUGCGCGUGAAGAAGAGAGACUUAUUAAUGCUCUCAAGACAGGCGUUGUUAUUGAUGAGGAUGGAAGUUCGCCAGUUCCUGUCCGACAAAAACCCGCUAUUAAAAAAGAAAAACCUAAGCUCGUGACAAAUGGCGUUGUACUUGAGCGUACGUCGCAAUUUAUCCAGCAAAUUCAACAGGCGAAAAAAAUUGAAGAACGUAAAAGCACGAGUACGGUAGUAGAAAAACUUGAGAAACAUCAAUUGCAGCAGCAUCAGCAACGACAACAACAGCAGCAACCACAACAAAAACACCACCAGCAGCAGGAGGUAAAAGAAGAACGUCAAGUUCAAAUAGUGGCAUCUAAAUGGGGUCCUCGGAUCACGUCACCGAGACCUAGGAUUGAUCAAGUACCACAUCCUGAACUCACGAACCAACAAAAGCAACAUAUACGUGCUGCUGCAGCUGCCGCUGCUGCUACGGACUCUUCAAGCUCAGCGGGAAACAAUGCUAAUCCAGUGAGACCUUUUCUUACCCGAGGAUCCGUCGCAGAGAGAGUAUUGAUCUUUGAAAAAUGCCCGAGUGAACUUUUACUCGACAAACGUGGCCCACGACAACCUGGAGGACCAUCAUCGAGAUUUAAUUCCAAUAAUGACGGCAAGCCACAGUCUUCUUACGUACGUGAGAGAAUACAGCAACAGCAAUCAAGGGCCUUGCCGCCUCAUACAACUUUACAACGGCAUGUCAAAGCCAAUAAAAACGUCCGUAUACCCAGAUUUUAUUUCCCCGGUGGUAAGCCUACUCCGCCUACACAACUGGAGGCAACGAUUGCAAAAAUAAAUAAAGCCUUCGAGAGUCUCCCGGGACAUCGUGCUUCACGCUCACAAUUUCACAUUAUUACAAAAGCUUGUGAGCUGCCACUUUACUGGAAGGUUCCGCUUUUCUUAGCUGCAGGUGGUGAUGCAACGACUUGCAUUGAAAUGAAUGGUUUUAUUGAAUUUUGGGAAGAAAUUAAUAAAUCGUACCACGAUCCAGCCAGUAAAUUUAUAAGAAUAACUACACGUGGUCUGAGAAAUUAUAUACUACCAGAAGAUCUUGUUGCUAUGAUACAAGAUGUUGUUGAUACUCAUCCAGGAUUAACUUUCCUUAAAGAAGCUACGGAAUUUCAUUCUCGUUAUGUCCACACUGUAAUUGCUAGAAUAUUUUACUGUGUAAAUCGUAGCUGGAGCGGUAAAAUAUCCGUUACGGAAUUACGACGUAGCAACUUGUUGGCUGUUAUUGGUAUUCUAGAACACGAAGAAGAUAUAAACCAGGUGACGUCCUACUUCAGCUACGAACACUUUUACGUUAUAUAUUGCAAAUUCUGGGAACUUGAUCGUGACCAUGAUUUAUUUAUCAACAAAAUGGACUUAACUCGGCACAAUGAUCAUGCAUUAUCGACGAGACUGAUAGAAAGAAUAUUCAGCGGUGCUGUAACAAGAGGUAGGGGUAAAAGUGGUGAAGUACGUUUGCAAGAAGAAAAAAUGAGUUAUACUGAGUUUGUAUGGUUUCUACUUAGUGAAGAGGAUAAAAAUUAUCCCACUGCUAUUGAAUAUUGGUUUAGAUGUAUGGAUCUGGAUGGCGAUGGUUACCUUUCUAUGUAUGAACUUGAGUAUUUCUACGAAGAACAAUUACAUCGGAUGGAGGCCAUUGGAUUGGAAACUCUACCAUUUGAAGACUGUCUUUGCCAGAUGCUAGAUAUGAUUAAACCGAAAAUUCCAGGAAAAAUUUCGUUGAGUGAUUUGAAGAAAUGUAAAAUGACUUCGAUAUUUUUUGAUACAUUCUUUAAUCUUGAAAAAUAUCUUGAUCAUGAACAACGAGAUCCUUUUGCUUCAACUAGAGAUCAUGACGCCGAAGGCCAUGAACUCUCAGAUUGGGAUCGAUUUGCGGCUGACGAGUAUGAGUUAUUGGUUGCUGAAGAAAGCGGAAAUGAACAAAAUGAUCAAAUGAUGUAUGAUAACGGAAUGGAUGAAGAUGGUUUUACAACUAUAAAUACAUUGCCAGACGAGUCAAAUGACCGAAAUAAAAAACGUGAUUGUAAUACAAAGAGUUAUCAAGAUACCGGUGAAACUCGUCGUGAUUCGAAAAAUCAAAAUUACGACAGCGGAGAUAGCGAUGAUUAUGCUGAGAGUGACAACUGAUAUACGGUAUAAUGAUAACAGUAAAAAAAAAAAAAAAAAAAAAAAAAAGAAAAAAAUGGUAUCAUAAAAAUUGUGCCAUUAUUUCAGGCCGAUUUAAUGAUAUAAUUAUUCAAAAAUUAUUAUAAUCAUUUAUAUCUAAGUGCCAUGAACUAUUUUAUUUUUAUUUAUAAACCCAUACGGUUUAUUAAGUUUGUUUUGUAAAUAGUAAAUCGAGUUGUUUCAAAUUUUGUCAUUAGUUAUUAAUUAUAUUACGUUUUUAAUAUAUAUUUAAGAAUUAACGAGUACGUUUAAUUAAUUUUAUAGAAGAUCGAUAAUUAGUAAUCAUCUACGUGCCUCGAGUGGUGCAAAAAAUUUUCAGUUUAUAUUAAUUAAAUAAUCGACGCGAAUAAUAUGAACAUCAUCUUAUAAUAUAUAUAUAAAUAUAUAUACAUCAUCAUACAUUAGUACAUACUGUCAUUUGUACUUGUUAAAUACUAUAGGAUCCAUGUAAACAAACUACAGAUAAUUAUUUAUCUGUUCUAUUAAUCAAUACAUUACUACUAUUAUUCAUAUAUUUGUUUAAUUGAUAGUUUUGUAAUCGUACUGUUGUUUUUGGUGAGAAAAAAAAUUUAACACUUGUUUUUAUUUGUUUUUUUACGAAUUAGUCAUCGCCGAUAAAUAUUUUAUCGACAUAAUUAUUAUCAGUAAAAAACACUAUUCUAGUCUAAUACGUGCUAGUACACGUACAUUAUGGAAUCAAUAUAUACAUAUAUAUAUUCUUUUUUUGUUUAUUAUUCGUUAAAACUGCAAUGGCAGCUCAAAAAAGUAAAUCUGUGGUUCCAAUUUGUCGUUGAUAUUUUUAAUCAACAGCCAGUUAUAUUCUAUAGUAUAAUCGCGUUUUAUUAUCUUUCCAAAGAUGUAAUUAUAGAGCUAAUAUGUAAACACGAGGCUUGUUAUCACUUUUUUUUUAAUUAAUUAAUUAAUUAAUCUUAUUAUUGAUUAAUAUUAUAUCAAUAAAUAUAUGUAAGUCAUUGGACUCGUAUAAUUGCGAUCGCGCGCCUAAUCGCGGAUGUUUAAUUGUUGCAUUUUAUUGUAUUUCAAUAUUGUUAUUGAUAUGUACUCAUUAUUAGUUAUCAUUAUUAUUAAUAUUAUUAUUAUUAAGUAUCCAUAGAUUUAUUAUUGUUCAGACAUUUUUAGGUGCGAUAUCGGCAGGUUUUUUUUUUCAUCUUUAUUUUAUAUAUCAAUUAUUAAUUUUAUAUAUAUAAUUAUUAUUAAAAAAUUAACUUG